CAAUGUCUUGUUCUCUAACACCUCAUUCCUUGUAUAUAAACCCCUUCACGUUUUCCCCCAUUUUUACAAACAUCCCUCAACUCACUCUUCCCCCAUUUCACAGAGCAGCAAAAAUGGCAAUGCCACUUCUCUUCCUCUUUGUCCUCCUCCCUCUUCUAUAUCCCUCUCCCACUCUCUCUUCACCAUUCCCUGAUCCAGAACUAAUAGUCCAAGAAGUCAAUGAGAAAAUCUAUAAUGCAACUACAGCCAGGAGGAACCUGGGAUAUCUGUCAUGUGGAACAGGGAACCCAAUUGAUGAUUGCUGGAGGUGUGACCCGAACUGGGAGAAGAACAGGCAGAGGCUAGCGGAUUGCGCAAUCGGGUUCGGGAAACGCGCCAUAGGCGGGAGGGAUGGGAAAAUAUAUGUGGUGACAGACUCAAGUGAUGAUGCUGUGAAUCCCAAGCCCGGGACACUCCGAUACGGAGCGAUACAAGACGAGCCGUUAUGGAUCAUCUUCGCCCGCGACACGGGGAUAAAGCUCAAGGAAGAACUGAUGGUCAAUUCAUUCAAGACCAUAGAUGGAAGAGGAGCAAGUGUGCACAUUUCUGGAGGGCCAUGCAUAACAAUCCAGGAUGUGAACAAUGUCAUCAUACAUGGCCUCAACAUCCAUGAUUGCAAGCAAGGGGGGAAUGCUUAUGUGAGGGACACCCCCGAGCACUUCGGGUGGCGGACGGUUUCGGAUGGUGAUGGAAUUUCCAUUUUUGGAGGACACCACAUUUGGGUUGAUCACUGCUCCCUCUCCAAUUGCAAAGAUGGGUUGAUAGAUGCAAUCCAUGGAUCCACAGCCAUUACCAUAUCCAACAACUACAUGACCCAUCACAACAAGGUCAUGCUCUUGGGGCACAGUGACAGUUACACCAAUGACAAAAAUAUGCAAGUUACUAUUGCCUUUAACCACUUUGGAGAAGGGCUGGUUCAGAGGAUGCCCAGGUGUAGGCAUGGGUAUUUCCAUGUUGUGAACAAUGACUAUACUCAUUGGGAAAUGUAUGCAAUUGGAGGGAGUGCUAAUCCCACCAUCAACAGCCAGGGAAACAGAUUCUUAGCUCCAGAUGACAAAUUCAGCAAAGAGGUAACAAAGCAUGAGGAUGCAGGAGAGGGUGAAUGGAAGAACUGGAACUGGAGAACAGAGGGGGAUUUGAUGAUGAAUGGCGCUUUCUUUAGGAGUUCAGGAGCUGAAUCAUCUUCUAGUUAUGCUAGAGCCUCUAGUUUAAGUGCUCGCCCUUCUUCUCUCAUCUCCUCUCUCACUCAAUCCGCCGGCGCUCUUUCCUGCCGCCGCGGCAAAACUUGUGACUGACACCAAUUUUAUAUCAAUGAAAUCCCGUAAUUAAUUAUUAUCAUUAUUAGUGUUUUAUUGUUGAAAUUUUGAUCAUCAAAUUAAAGGGAACAUAACUGGA